AUGCCACACAAUUGGCAGCCAUGGCCCCCGACUGAGUUGCGGAGAAACUUGGGCAGCGAUGAUUGGCAGCUUCUUGGAGUAAGAGCAGGUGUGCCCCGACAGUGCCAAAACCGAUUCGACGACCAAGACAAAUGCAAGGACACUUCCAACUCUCCCAGCUUACGUGUUUGCUGGACUGGAUGGUGUGAUGACUACUCCGUCGGGAGUGGGUACUGCCCUGUGUACCCUUUGGAUGGCGAAAGCGCAUUUUUUGAACUUGGCAACGGCUCGAGCAGUCCGGUUCUUGCGGUGACUUCACAUUGUUCGGCAAAGCGUGCCAACUCGUCGCAGCUUUUCUUUUGCCCGCUACGUGCGCCGAUUGCAGUGGCAGUGAUGAUGAAGGCCGGCAGCAGCUCGGUCGGCUCUUGGCUCCAUGCGGUGGAAAUUGACUCGGAAGUUGCUGAUUCCCGUCCCACGGAAUUCUCGCGCCGUCUCUUCGGAGCAUUCCGAGAUGGGCAGCUGACCGUCUCUCGGAAGUUUCUCUCAUGGUUCUUUGGUCCACAUGGACUUGGCGUGCCGGUGACUUCCAGGUUGCAGCCUUCUGCCCGGCGGGCGCUUGUCAAGCGUUUUUUCUUCGAGACCCGGCCUCACAAAUUGGCAUCCAAGUUGCUGCUUCCACCAGGCUGGUGCGUGCCAUGUUGUGCGGCAGGCUCUGGGCGCCUGCCGGUCAUGCUGGUACGUAACCCGUACCGACGCGUCUACUCCUACUUCCGGCACAAAUGGCUGUCCAACCCAAGGAAGCCGCUGACGGAAUGGAGGGACCUUCCGGAGUUUGUGAGGAAGUUGCUUGAGCAACGCUUGAAGCCGGCUCCAUUGGCAUCUCCAUUCACCGAACAGGACCUUCGGCACCUCUUGUCCUUCGGCGAUCUCGUGCGAGACCUGCGCUGGUCUGCUGCAGCUCGGGAAACGAUGCGGACAAGGAUGUGCGUGCUUCGCUUGGAAGUGCUGAAGACGGACCUCCUGCACUUGCAUGCGGUGCUCUGUCGCUGGUUUCACUUUUGCCAGCGGUUGCCGGCCAUCCCAGAGCUCAUUCCCACCGGCAUGCGCCCGUACCUGCCGAUUCCCCCACCUCCUUGGGCGGAAAUUUGGACGGAGGACGCCGUGCAGGACAUGCGCACGAUUUUCGCCACGGACUUUGAAGAGCUUGGAUACUCCACGGAUCCUUUGAAACAAGCGCCGGUGAGUCGAUCACCCUGCUGGAUGAGAGGGUCGCCAAGUGAGUCAGGUGACAGUUAA